AUGAUACACACUUUUUCCCUCGCGGCGGUAUUUGCGUACUAUGCCAGCAGCUCGCUUGCCAUCUCGACGUGUGAGAAGAUCUCGUCGAUUUCAAAUAUAGAGAUCAAGGAAAAAUUCACGAUACCAUAUGCACAGGAUCAAAAGGAAUAUUGGUCGGCCGACUGCGGAAGACUCAAGCCCUCGUGCAUCCUGGAACCUGAAUCGCCGGAGGAGCUGUCGUUGAUUGUAAGGACGCUCGGGGAGAACAAUGAGACAUUCGCUAUAAAGAGCGGCGGCCACAACCCUAACCGAGGUUUCUCCAGCGUUGAUGGCGGCCCACUUAUCAGCCUGAAAGGCUUCAACGAGAUCACCUACGAUGAGUCGUCGGGCUUGGUAAGAGUUGGUGCCGGUCACCGCUGGACUGAUGUUGUAAAGGGCCUUGAGCCUAAGGGCGUAACCGCAGUCGGAGGCCGUAUUGGACAUGUUGGAGUCGGUGGCUAUACUCUUGGAGGAGGAUUAAGCUAUCUGAGCACCCAGACGGGUUGGACUAUGAACACAGUCGUUGAAUUCGACGUUGUUCUCGCAAACGGUGACAUUGUAAAGGCCUCCAACUGUCAAAAUACUGACCUUUUCAACGUCCUCCGUGGUGGUGGGAAUGCCUUCGGAAUCGUCACUACAUAUACAUUAAAAACACAUAAAAUUGGAAAAGUCUGGGGUGGCAACCUGAUAAUCAGCGCUGAGAAGUCAAAUAAAGUCUUGGCUGCUGUUCGAGAUUUCACGGAGUACUAUCCGGACGACAAGGCCGCCAUCAUCGCAACCCGCAAUAUCGGCAUAGAAAACCCGUUGGAUAUCUGGCUGAUAUUCCUCUUCUACGACGGCGAAACUGCUCCCCCCGGAACAUUCGACAACUUCACCAACAUCGGUCCAAUUCUCAAUACUGCAAAAACCCAAAGCUAUUCGGCUUUGGUGAGUGCCCAAGAUGCACUCGUUAUCACCGGCAACAUAGUCGACAUGGCAGUUGAACACUCCCCGCUCCCCAACGUCGCCAACCCGGAAGUCAUGCAAUCCAUCAACAACCACUUCGAAGCCGUCACAAAUGCAAACGCACUAGUUCCCGGCCUGCUGGGCACAUUAUCUCUACAGCCCAUCCCUAAACGGCUGGCCCGCCAUGCAAGGGAGAAUGGCGGCGACCUUCUCGAUCUCGACGACUCUGUCGAUAGGUUGUUGGUAGAGUUUAACUAUGCGUACACUCUCCCGUCGUACGUGCCUCAGAUCGAACGUGCGUUGAAGGCCGUCACGGAUGCUGUGCGCAAGGAUACGCUAGAGCGGAUUAAAGAGGGGACGCUGCCUGAUGCGCACCUCCCUCUUUUCAUGAAUGAUGCGAACCAUGCGCAGGAUUACUUUGGUCGGCUGCGCCCUGAGAAGUUGGAGUAUGCGAGGCGGGUAAGGAGCGAGUACGACCCCAAAGGCUUGUUCCGUGAUCGGACGGGAGGAUUUAAGAUGUGA